AUGAGCGUAACACUCACCCACGUCGUCGCCGCCUUGGCCUCCGUCACUGUCGUCCUCUCCUCUGCCAUCCCUGAGGUUGGCGGAUCUGACGUCGCUGUCUCUGGUAGGUUUUCUUUGCCUCCUCCUCCUGCUACGCAUGCUGAUGAAGCAGCUGGUUCCGAUAUCACUGCCGGCUCUGAGUUCGCCCACUUCGGCUUGAGCUCCGCUGGCACUGAGGUCUACCAUGAUGAUGAGUUCGUUGGUACUCCUGAGGAGAUCUAUGCCAAGGUCAAUGCUCGUCUUGCCUCUCUCGGUCUCGAGAAGCGUGGCUAUGUCGGUAAUAUCAUUGAACACUGCAGCUUCACCACCAUCGCCGGCCAGCUUGCUGGUGGUCAGAUGUUUGACACCGACCGCGAAAACGUUAUCCUCAGAGGUGGCCAGGGUCUUGCCACCGACUGCGCGUACGGCCCAUGGAAGAAGUAG